AUGUUGAUGAAAUUUGGUCUUCCUAGUGCUGAAGCCUGGAGUAAAGUGCCAGUACUCGAAACACCAAUCCCACCAAGUCCAUUCACCAAACCAUAUUUAACCAAAUUGUAUGAAUUCACAAUGAGAGGAUCUACUCCAUUGACCAUUGCCAUUAUUUAUUUCACCUCGGUGCAUCUUAUGAAUAAAGUUGUUAGAAAUAGACAGAUUCGUAAACAACAAGAUAUGGAAAAGUUGAGUGAGUACAAGCAGAAGCAGCAACAACAGCCAAGUAAGAAGAGGUUACCUGCUGCUCCUUAUCCUAUUGCCAAAACUUCAAUUUUCAAACUUUUUGUCAUAUUACACAAUAUCUUUUUAUGUGCAUAUUCAGUUUGGACAUUUAUUGGCAUGUCGACAACCAUUGCUCAAACUAUGGAUAUUUUCAAGUUGGAGUUGAUUCCUUCAUUCUAUGAAAGUUUGAAAGUCGAAAACUAUACGUUGCAAAAAUUGGAUGUGUUUUUCCAAAGUGUAUGUGACCCCAAGAGCGGUAUUUUUUCGAGAGUAAUUACAUCAUCACAAGGUUUGCAUAAUUUGGAGAUUUUGGGGUUCUGGUUUUACAUUUCCAAAUUUUAUGAAGUUAUUGACACAGUUGUUAUUCUUCUUAAAGGACGUCCAUCUUCAUUAUUGCAAAGUUAUCAUCAUGCUGGAGCAAUGAUGUGUAUGUGGGCUGGUGUCAGAUAUCAAUCACCUCCAAUUUGGAUUUUCGUUGUUUUCAACUCUUUCAUUCAUUCAUUAAUGUAUUUCUAUUUCACAUUAUCAUGCCUUCACAUCAAAGUCCCACAAGCAUUCAAGAAACUGUUGACAUCAAUGCAAAUUACACAAUUUGUACUUGGUGGUAGUAUUGCUGUAUUGCACAGUUUUGUUUGGAUCAUUGAUACUAGUAAAAUGGUUAGUGCUGAACACAUGGAGUUAAUUAAUUGUAUUAGCACACCAGAAAAGGCGUUACCAUUGUUGAUUAAUGUUGCAUAUUUGACUCCUUUGACGGCAUUGUUUGCUGCUUUCUACAUUGAAAGUUAUUUCAAAUCAAAAAGUACUUAG